AUGGCGGAGCCGCCCGAGCCGCCCUCCCCGCCCCGUCCCGUAUCGCCCAGCGCCGCCGUCAUCCCGGUGCCCCAGCCUCCCGGUACCACCGUCAUCCCGGCACUGCUGUCAUCCCGGUGCCCCCAGCCAUCCGGUACCAUCAUCCUCCCAGUGCCCCCAGCCUCCCGGUACCACCGUCACCCUGGUGCCCCCGUCCUCCCGGCACCGCCAUCCUCCCAGUACCACCAUCCUCCCGGCGCCGCCGUCAUCCCGGUGCCCCCAGCCUCCCAGUACCACCGUCAUCCCGGUGCCCCCACCCUCCCGGUGCCCCCAUCUUCCCAGUGCCCCCAGCCUCCUGGUACCCCCAGCCUCCCAGCACUGCCGUCAUCCCGGUGCCAUCAUCCUCCCAGUGCCCCCAUCCUCCUGGUACCACCAUCCUCUCGGUGCACCCAUCCUCCCAGCACCGCUGUCAUCCUGGUGCCCCCAGCCUCCCAGUACCACCAUCACCCCAGUGCCCCCAUCCUCCCGGCACCGCCAUCCUCCCAGUACCACCAUCCUCCCAGCACCGCUGUCAUCCCAGUGCACCCAUCCUCCCAGUACCGCCAUCCUCCCAGUGCAUCCAUCUCUGUAUCCCCGGACUGCAUCCCUGCCUGGGCGCUGCGCCCUCACUCCAGUCCCCAGCCACAUGACAGCAGCCAAACCAGCUCCCACCAGGCUGCCCUAAAUGCGGCCCUAGACCAACCUAUGGACUGUGCACCCUCCUAA